AUGUACUGGCAGCCGUCGUUUGUAACGCAAAAUGAAACGAAGGGCACUCGUUCCUGGUUGAUUCAAUUUGCGAUCACCUGCUCGAGAUUGGAAGAGUUUCUUUUUACGAAACGGGACGCCAAAGUUUAUCCACUUGCUUUCGGAAAAUCACCGUGUGGCUGACGGUUCUCGCGUCGACGAUGGCUGCCGGCGAGAAACCGCCGAACACCGUUUCGGUGUCUUCUGGCACGGCAGCGAUCCAGGGGAACACGAUCCAGAAGUUGAUCAAGAUUCUGGAGAAGUACGGUUUGGAGGAGCAGAGGGGCUUAAAGAGGGUCUACCUGAGCAACAGGUCGAUCACAUGCAACGACGGAUCGCAGGCGGGGUUUUACCUGCGGAAGUCGCAUGGUUCCAAGAGAUGGAUCAUUUUUCUGGAAGGCGGCUGGUACUGUUACGAUCACAAAAGUUGCAGGAACAGGUGGCUCAGGCUUAGGCAUCUGAUGACCUCGACUCAGUGGCCUGAGACACGCGACGAUUCGUUCCUUAUUGCACGAGCGACAGUUGGAGCGGCACCCGAGCCUCGCCGAACGACAUGUUCUCGUUCAUGGGUGCAGAGAUAGUGUUGCAAGUGGUACGGGAUCUGGUUCCCCUUGGUCUCGAGAACGCGAGCUCUCUUCUUUUGGCUGGCAGCAGCGCCGGUGGGACCGGCGUCAUGUUGAACCUGGACCACGUGCACAGUUUGGUUCAUCAUAGUCUGGGUCUGAAACACAUCGCGAUCAGAGGCGUGUCCGAUUCGGGAUGGUUUCUCGACAGAGCGCCCUACUCGCCCAACGGUCUGUCACCGGUUGACGUUGUCCACAAGGGGAUGGAACUUUGGAAAGCUCGAAUGCCGCGCAACUGCGCCAACGAGCACCCAGACGAACCGUGGAGGUGUUACUUUGGCUACAGAUUGUAUCCAACGUUGACUGGUAAAGAAACACAUCGAAAUUCAAACGCAAAGUUUGACUCGAUGGGCGACAGCUUGCGACAGACGUUCGAAAAUGUCAGCGCAGUCUUUGCACCGAGCUGCAUCAGUCACAGCGUACUCACGAAGAGGGAUUGGCAGUUGGUCAAGAUAGACGAGGUUUCCCUGGCGCAGGCGUUGCACUGUUGGGAGCAAAUGCCGAUUGGUAAUCGUCGAAACGACACUCGUUCGCCAAUUGAGACGAACCAGCCGUGCGCGAAGUCGCUGCGGAAGCUGCUGCGAUCCGGCCUGACGAAGGGAAACGGAACUUCGUUUGAGCCGGGAAGAAGCGGCAAGAGCGAGUUCGUGGCGGAGUUGCAGAAAGUCAGGUCGCCGAUGACCGAGGGCAAGUCGCCGAACGUUCUGUCGCAGAACGGCAGAGAGAACAAAAAGAGGAAGAGACGGAAGCACAAAGGGAAACGCAGGGAGAGGAACAAGGUAUCGAGGACGAAGAAGGAGAAGCACGAGCGCAGAAAAUCUGCAGGCCGCCGGAAGGGUAACAAGCAGAACAACGACAGCAACCACACGGGCAUGUUCAACGGGACGAGACCGCAGCGCUCGGUGAUACCAUCUGGCAAACGGAAGUGUGUCCAGGGCUGUCACUUCCGGUUAAUCGAACGUUGCACUUGGCCGCAGUGUAAUCACAGCUGCCCGAAGCUGCACAACCCGUUCACCGGCGAGGAAAUGGACUUUAUCGAGUUGCUGAAGAGCUUCGGCCUCGAUAUGAAGAGCGUGGCGAACGCGUUGGGCAUCGACAUACAAACGUUGAACAGUAUGGAUCACGACGAGCUGUUGAAUCUUCUUACGCAACGAGCCAACUAACAGUCGUUUUUCCAAACUAACGUUUAGAAGACACCACAUUCCGUGUAGGGAGAGAACGAAUGGAACGACGAUGACGUGUCGUGGGAUCAGUGUAGUAAUUUGCCUAAAUUUUCUUCGUCGUUCUUCGCUCGCGACUGAAUGGCGACUCGUUUUAGGGAUCGUCGUUCAAGAAAGAGGAAAUUAGCGCGGAGAUCAAUUAAAUUGUACAUAAGUAUAUGAUUUGUUAGAGUUUCUAUUGGAAAUAUACUCUAUUGGAACACGAUCGUCGUGUCCGACGGUCGAGUUCAUCUACACCAGCGAGAGUAUGCGAGAAUUCUCAACUCUCGCGCGUGAAGCGUGCGAAUUAUCACAGCACGCUUUGCCGAGUAGCCGAGUGUAACUUAAUUUAUUUGAUAGGUUGUAGGUAACGUGUGUAAUAUCGCGUUACGAAUUAAUGUUCACCAUUGAACAACGCGGUUGUUGCUGAUCAGCCAUCAACGCCAG